AUGUUGUUUAAACAGAAAGCCAGGAAUCUCAGUAUGAAUCAGUCUAGAUCUAGAUCAGAUGAUGAUGGAGAAGAAACUUCAUUUCAAGAUAGUCAUCAUCAUGAAAAUGAGAGAAGAUGGCAGCAAGAACGUCUCCACCGAGAGGAAGCUUAUUAUCAGUUUAUUAAUGAACUCAGUGAAGAAGAUUACCGGCUAAUGAGAGACCAUAGUCUUUUAGGCACCCCUGGAGAAAUAACAUCAGAAGAACUACAACAGCGGUUAGAUGAAGUCAAGGAACAAUUAGCAUCUCAGCCUGACUUGAGAAAUGGGACAAAUACCAGAGACUCAGAAGUCCCUAGAGAGAGUUCCAGCGAAGAUGCUCUACUAGAAUGGUUGAAUACCUUUCGUCGUACAGGCCAUACAGUUCGAAGUGGACAAAAUGGGAACCAAACUUGGAGAGUUGUGAGUCGAACAAACCCUAAUAGUGGAGACUUUCGGUUUAGUAUGGAAAUCCACAUCAAUCAUGAGAAUAGAGGAUUUGAAACUCAUGAUGAAGAUUAUGCAAGCAUUCCCCUUUCAGAUAUUAGCAGUGAUCAUAUUACAAAUAGGCAGCAAAGAUCAACAAGUCCUGUGGCUAGACGAACAAGAAGCCACACCUCAGUGAAUUUCAGUGGUAGUAGUUCCAACAUUCCAGAUACUGGGCUUGGCUCCAGGGGGCAGAAUUCAGUAGAGGGAUCUUUCUCAACACCAGGCAGAUUAAGAAAUGGAACCAGGGGAGCAGUUGGCAUUCCUAGAACUAGGGCUCCACAUGCUAAUUUCAGUAGUCACACAGACCGGUCAGGUGGUAGUGAACUCAGGCGAAGGGAGGGGCAGCGAUUUGGAGCAGCACAUGUGCGGGAAAAUGGGGCUAGAAGUAAUGUUACAGUGAGGAAUACAAACCAAGAAUUAGAGCCAAUAAGAUUACAGUCUACUUUGAAUAGUCGAAGUCGUUCGCCAAUCCAAAGACAAAGGGGCACUGUUUAUCAUAACUCACAGAGGGAAGAUAGACCCGUACCACAAACCAUUAGAAGGUCCGUUAGGAGGAGAGGUACAACGGGUGUCUUUUUAGAACAAAAUAGAGCGCGAAGAGGUAGAGUAUAUACCCCAUUCUCUAACUCAAGGCUUGUGUCAAGAAUAACAGUAGAAGAAGGAGAAGAAUCUAGCAGAUCCUCAACUGCUGCACGACAUCCAACAAUCACACUGGACCUUCAAGUGAGAAGGAUUCGUCCUGGAGAGAACAGAGAUGGGGACAGUAUUGCAAACAGAACUCGAUCUAGAGUAGGGCUCAUAGAAAAUACAGUCACCAUCGAAAACAAUAGCAGGGGCUUUCAACGAACUAUUUCCCAUUUAGAGCAGUCAGGUAUUCGAACCUAUGUUAGUACCAUAACAGUUCCUGUUCGGAGAAUAUCUGAGAAUGAACUUGUUGAACCAUCCUCAGUGGCUCUUCAGUCGAUUUUAAGACAGAUCAUGAUGGGAUUCGGGGAACUGAGUUCUGUAAUGGAGGCCGAAUCCACGUCAGAGAUUCAGAGAAAUGGUCAGCAUUUACCAGAGAUACACUCAGAACUAAGUAACCCGGGUCCAGGGAAUGACAGCAGCCAGCACCCUGAAGGUUUUUCUCAGGCCAGGCAGGCCCAAGAAGACAGCACUGGAAUGAGUGAUGGGAGUGAGACCGCCCAGCCCCAUGCUCAAAACAGUGAUAGAAGCGGUAGACAGUUAGGAAAUUCGAAUAAUUUGGUGGAGACUGGAGCAUUACCUAUUCUUCGCCUUGCUCAGUUCUUUUUACUACAUGAAGGUGUUGGUGAUGAUCACAUAUGUGGUUUAACCAAAGAGCAGAUCGAUAAUCUUUCUACCCGGAACUAUAAGCCUAACAGUAUUGACAAUGAACUAGGUAAAAUCUGUAGUGUGUGUAUCAGUGACUAUGUAACUGGAAACAAGCUCAGGAAGUUACCUUGCAUGCAUGAAUUUCACAUCCAUUGUAUUGACCGAUGGCUCUCAGAGAACUGCACUUGUCCUGUCUGCCGGCAGCCUGUCUUAGGGUCUAGUGUACCACACAAUGGAUGACGUGAUGGAGCUAUUCAAAUACUG